AUGGCAGAGCUCCCAAUGAGCGGUUUUUUGGAUGAGGCUAAGCGUCUGUUUGGCACUGAUAACCUUUACACACUACUUGGAUGUAAUAAGUCCAGUAGUCAAGCUGAAAUCAAAAGAGCGUACUAUAGGUGCUCGUUGAAGUACCACCCCGACCGUAGUGAGAGGAGCAAUAAAACUCUUGCUACUGCACAAUUCCAGGUCAUCUCCAAAGCUUUUUCCAUCUUGUCGAACAAGGAUGCCAAGGAUGCAUACGACGAGACAGGAGUAAUCGGAGAAUCCUUCUCGGAGAAGUCAUUCGAGGACUGGCUCGACUACUUUAACCUCAUUUUUCCAAGGUUCACUGAGAAGGAUAUUGAAAAGCAAAAAAAGAAAUACAUCGGGAGUGAAGAAGAAAGGAACGACAUCGCUACAUACUACGAACGCUAUCGAGGCAGUAUGGAUAAGAUUAUGGAAAGUGUCAUCUUCGCUGACGCUUUUGACGAAGAUCGUUAUCGCGGUAUAAUCCAAGCUUUAAUAGAUGAUAAGGUCGUAAAGCCCUAUGAUAGCUUUGUUAAAGAGCCUGCGAAAAAGCGUGCCAGGCGUUUGAAUAGGGCCAAGAAAGAGGCUGCAGAGUUUCAACGACAGGCGAAUGAACAGAAGGGGUCAGAGAUGAGAGGAGAUUCGAUGGAUUCUCUGAUUCUUGCUAUCCAGGCUAACAAGGAACAGCGCAUGAAGGCCGCUGACGAUCUAAUCGACAAUCUUGCAGCAAAGUAUUGUCAACCGCCAAAUAAGAAGGCCCGUAAGAGCAGUAGAAUGAGAAAGUGA